AUGCAAGAGGAUUUUUUUGGGUCAGAAGUGAUACAACCGCUGAUAUCUAACGACGUUUUAAAAGCUACCGAUCCAAAUUUUGAACGUUGGCGAGAAAAACUUAUCCAAGACGCUUUAAGACUCGUUGAGGAAAUUCCUCGGUGGAAGUCUCUUGGAAGCCACGACGGUGUUGCUUUAUACGAAAAGGCUCCUCCUAAUGGAGGUAAUACCUGGUAUGGGCGUGUAUCGAGACAUAAAAGAUCCCUGAAAACUUUCAAGAAAGGUCUGUUGUACGAGCAUAUAAAAAAAGAAGAAUGUUAUGAUCCUCUCGUUUUUUCGGCAAGCCAGUUGGAAACCAUUAUUGAGGAUGAGAUUGAAGUCUGGAUGUAUAGGUUUAAAACACCUUGGUUCUGUAGGAAUCGGAUUUACAAGCAGCUUGUUAUAUCCGUUAUGUUAGAUCCCGAUUCCUUUAUCGUGUUACAAAGACCAGUACAAUAUAUAAAUCCAAAUCCCGCCUUUAUUUCUAAUUCACAAGCGGUUCCGGGUUAUUAUGAAUCGGUGGAUUUUGUUUCCAAGAAGUAUCGAGAGGAUGGAAAAGACGAUGGCGUCUUAUGGAUUUGUGCUGUACGAAAUGAUUACGGAAAGAUGCUAUCGAGUUGGUUUUUAGGUCCUACUUUCACAAAAUUGCUUACCCGACAAGUCAAGUUGUUUAAUGACUGGCUAAACAAAACCUAUCCAAAGAAAGGUUAG